CUCAGGGGGCUGUGCUCUCCGUGGUUCGAGAGGGUGAGCAUGCUGGUCAUCCUGCUCAACUGCGUGACACUGGGCAUGUUCCACCCCUGCGAGGACAUUGCCUGCGACUCACCACGCUGCAGGAUCCUCCAGAGCUUCGAUGAUUUCAUCUUUGCCUUCUUCGCUGUGGAAAUGAUUGUCAAGAUGAUUGCACUGGGGAUUUUUGGGAAGAAAUGCUACUUGGGAGACACGUGGAACCGCCUGGACUUCUUCAUCGUCAUUGCGGGGAUGCUGGAGUACUCCCUGGACCUGCAGAACGUCAGCUUCUCAGCGGUCCGCACCGUCCGUGUCCUGCGGCCACUCAGGGCCAUUAACAGGGUCCCCAGUAUGCGCAUUCUGGUGACACUUCUUUUGGACACGCUGCCCAUGCUGGGGAACGUCCUCCUCCUCUGCUUCUUCGUCUUCUUCAUCUUUGGCAUCGUGGGAGUCCAGCUGUGGGCAGGUUUGCUCAGGAACCGCUGCUUCCUCCCUGAGAACUUCAGCAUCCCCUACACAGUGGAUUUGGAGCGAUACUACCAGACAGAGAAUGAAGAUGAGAACCCCUUCAUCUGCUCCCAGCCCCGGGAGAACGGGAUGCGCUACUGCCGGAGUAUCCCAACACGGAGGGAAGAGGGUCUCGAGUGCACCCUGGAUUAUUAUUCCUACAAUGACACCACCAACACGUCCUGUGUCAACUGGAACCAAUAUUACACCAACUGCUCCGCUGGGGAGCACAACCCUUUCAAGGGAGCCAUCAACUUUGAUAACAUUGGCUACGCCUGGAUCGCGAUAUUUCAGGUCAUCACACUGGAAGGCUGGGUGGACAUCAUGUACUUUGUCAUGGACGCACACUCCUUCUACAACUUCAUCUACUUCAUCCUCCUGAUCAUUGUGGGCUCCUUCUUCAUGAUCAACCUCUGCCUGGUGGUGAUAGCAACGCAGUUCUCCGAGACGAAGCAGCGCGAGAGCCAGCUGAUGAAGGAGCAACGGGUGCGCUACCUGUCCAACGCCAGUACCCUCGCCAGCUUUUCGGAGCCAGGCAGCUGCUAUGACGAACUCCUCAAGUACCUGGUUUACAUUGCCCGUAAAGGCAGCAAGCAGCUCGUGGAGGUCUACCGGGUGGCGGGCGUGAGGAUGGGCUUCCUCACCAGCCCCGUGAGCAAGGCGGGGGCUGACCGCCAUGCUGGGAAGCGCCGGAGCAGGAAGAGGUCCUCUGUGCACCACCUCAUCCACCACCAUCACCAUCACCACCACCACUACCACCUGGGCAAUGGGAAUCUGCGGGCACCCCGCGCCAGCCCAGAGAUCAGUGAUGUGGAGACCAGCUCGCUCCACAACGGGACCAACCGGCUGAUGCUCCCUCCCUCGGCACCAAACCCCCACGGUGUCCCCAGUGCUGCUCCCAGCAACACCGAGUCCGUCCACAGCAUCUACCAUGCUGACUGCCACUUUGAGCCGGUGCGCUGCCGGUCAUCCCUCCCGCAGCCAGGCCUCAGCUUGCCGAGCCCAGAGGGGAUCCCCAAGAACGUCGUGGGCAGCAAGGUGUACCCCACGGUGCACCCCAGUACCUCCCAUGAGGUGCUGAAGGAGAAGAGCCUGGGGGAGGUGGCGGUCGGUGCUGGGAGCAGCACCUUGACAAGCCUCAACAUCCCGCCCGGGCCGUACAGCACCAUGCACAAGCUGCUGGAGACGCAGAGUACGGGGUUCUUUUCAGUCCACGUUACGGAGAAAGGCGACGGCUUUCCAGGUCCCUGCCAAAGCUCCUGCAAGAUCUCCAGUCCCUGCACCAAGCUGGACAGCGGCUCCUGCAACCCUGAGAGCUGCCCGUACUGCCUCAAGGCACUGGCGAGCGAGGCCGAGCUGACAGACAACGAGACUGCCGACUCGGACAGCGAGGGGGUCUACGAGUUCACACAGGACGCCCACUACAGCGACCAGCGGGACCCACAGCGGGGCAGAGCCCGGGCCAGGAGAACGAGCCGGGUGCUGGCCUUCUGGCAUGUGGUGUGCGAGACCUUCCGGAAGAUUGUAGACAGCAAAUAUUUUGGCCGUGGGAUCAUGGUGGCCAUUCUCAUCAACACGCUCAGCAUGGGGAUCGAGUACCAUGAGCAGCCGGAGGAGCUUACCAAUGCCCUGGAGAUCAGCAACAUAGUCUUCACAAGCCUCUUUGCCCUGGAGAUGCUGUUGAAAGUCCUUGUUUAUGGUCCUUUUGGCUACAUUAAGAAUCCAUACAACAUCUUUGAUGGGAUCAUCGUGGUGAUUAGUGUGUGGGAGAUAGUGGGCCAGCAAGGCGGGGGGCUCUCAGUCCUGCGGACCUUUCGGCUCAUGCGAGUUUUGAAGCUGGUCCGCUUCAUGCCAGCCCUCCAGCGCCAGCUUGUAGUCCUCAUGAAGACCAUGGACAACGUGGCCACGUUCUGCAUGUUGCUGAUGCUCUUCAUCUUCAUCUUUAGCAUCCUGGGGAUGCACCUCUUUGGCUGUAAGUUUGCUUCGGAGCGAGAUGGCGACACACUGCCUGACAGGAAGAACUUUGACUCCUUGCUCUGGGCCAUUGUCACCGUUUUCCAGAUUUUGACCCAGGAAGACUGGAACAAGGUCCUCUACAAUGGCAUGGCAUCGACCUCCUCCUGGGCUGCUCUCUACUUCAUCGCUCUCAUGACGUUUGGGAAUUAUGUUCUCUUUAACCUGCUGGUGGCCAUCCUGGUAGAGGGUUUCCAGACGGAGAAAGGCAAACUGGGAGUGCAAGAACAGGGUGAUGCUUCCAAGUCUGAUUCCGAGGGGGAUCUCUUCCCCCACAGCCUGGAAGAGGAGGGAGGACUUAAGAAAAACUUGUCGAAUCCAGCCUUGAUGGCCCUGAGCGACCACCCAGAGCUGAAGAAGAGCCUGACCCCGCCGCUGAUCAUACACACUGCUGCCACGCCGAUGCCCAUGCCCAAGAGUGCCAUGUUUGGAGAUGCAGCGCAGGGCUAUGAGUCGCGCCGGGCCAGUGGCGUCUCCAUGGACCCCGCCACCUACGAGCUCAAGUCCCCGCCCAGUGCCCGCAGCUCCCCGCACAGCCCCUGGAGCGCCAGCAGCAGCUGGAACAGCCGCCGGUCCAGCUGGAACAGCAUCGGCCGGGCCCCCAGUCUCAAGCGUCGGGGUCAGAGCAGUGAGCGCAGAUCCCUUCUCUCCGGAGAGGGGAAGGAGAGCUCAGAGGAAGGGGAGAGCUCUGAUGAGGAGCGCUCCAGCCGGGCUGGCAGCUUCAAUGGCUCUUUGCCUCAUCGCAUGGAGUCGCUGGAAACAAAAGGCUCCUUCGACCUCCAGGAUACCCUGCAGGUGCCCUCCCUGUACCGGACCAGUAGCAUGCACAGCAGCCGGACCUCCGCCUCUGAGCACCAGGACUGCAACGGGAAGACCUCUCCGGGUCUGCUGCUGCACCAGCUCCACCUGGAUGACCCUCGACAGGACUGCGAUGACUGCGAUGAUGAAGGCAAUAUGAGCAAAAGGGACCGCAUGAAGGCGUGGGUACGGGCACGUCUCCCCACCUGCUGCAAAGAGAGAGACUCCUGGUCCAUCUAUAUCUUCGCCCCUCACUCAAGAUUUCGUCUGAUGUGCAAUAAAAUCAUCACACACAAGAUGUUUGAUCAUAUCGUCUUGGUGAUCAUUUUCCUGAACUGCAUUACCAUUGCUAUGGAACGACCCAAAAUCGAGCCUCACAGUGCUGAACGGAUUUUCCUAACGCUCUCCAACUACAUCUUUACAGUUAUCUUCCUGACUGAGAUGACAGUUAAGGUGGUGGCACUAGGCUUGUGUUUUGGGGAGAAAGCCUACUUGAAAAGCAGCUGGAACGUGCUGGAUGGGGUGCUGGUUCUCAUCUCCGUCAUCGACAUCCUGGUCUCAAUGGUGUCAGACAGCGGCACAAAAAUCCUGGGGAUGCUACGGGUUUUGAGACUGCUGAGAACGCUGCGUCCCUUAAGAGUCAUUAGCCGAGCCCAAGGACUGAAGCUGGUGGUGGAGACUCUCAUGUCAUCCCUGAAGCCCAUUGGGAACAUCGUGGUCAUCUGCUGUGCCUUUUUCAUAAUCUUUGGGAUCCUGGGAGUUCAGCUUUUCAAAGGCAAGUUUUUUGUCUGCCAGGGGGAGGACACCAGAAACAUCACAAAUAAAUCGGAUUGUACAGAAGCAAGCUACAAAUGGGUCCGGCACAAGUAUAAUUUUGAUAAUCUCGGCCAGGCCCUGAUGUCUCUCUUUGUUCUGGCCUCCAAGGACGGGUGGGUGGAUAUCAUGUAUGAUGGAUUAGAUGCUGUGGGAGUUGACCAGCAGCCAGUCAUGAACUACAACCCGUGGAUGCUCCUCUACUUCAUCUCCUUCCUUCUGAUCGUGGCCUUCUUUGUCCUCAACAUGUUCGUGGGGGUGGUGGUGGAGAAUUUCCACAAGUGUCGGCAGCACCAGGAGGAGGAAGAAGCCAAGAGGCGGGAGGAGAAGAGGCUUCGCCGGCUGGAGAAAAAGAGAAGGAGUAAGGAGAAACAGAUGGCUGAUCUAAUGCUGGAUGAUGUAUUAAUGGAGAGCUCAGCCAGUGCAGUGCAAGAAGCACAGUGUAAGCCCUACUACUCGGAUUACUCCCGCUUCCGUCUCCUGAUCCACCAGAUGUGCACCAGUCACUACCUGGAUUUGUUCAUCACUGGAGUGAUCGGCCUCAACGUGAUCACCAUGGCCAUGGAGCACUACCAGCAGCCAAAGGUCCUUGAUGAAGCCCUGAAGAUUUGCAAUUAUAUCUUCACUGUUAUCUUUGUCCUGGAGUCUGUUUUCAAGCUUAUCGCCUUUGGGUUCCGUCGUUUCUUCCAAGACAGAUGGAACCAAUUAGAUCUGGCAAUCGUGCUGCUGUCUAUCAUGGGCAUCACUUUGGAAGAGAUCGAGGUGAACGCUUCACUACCAAUUAACCCCACUAUUAUCCGAAUCAUGAGGGUUCUCAGGAUUGCUCGAGUGUUGAAGUUGCUGAAGAUGGCUGUAGGGAUGAGAGCCCUGUUGGACACGGUGAUGCAAGCACUGCCGCAGGUGGGGAAUCUGGGUCUUCUCUUCAUGUUGUUGUUUUUCAUAUUUGCAGCUCUUGGAGUGGAGCUGUUUGGAGACCUUGAGUGCGAUGACACGCACCCCUGCGAGGGGCUGGGACGGCAUGCCACCUUCAGAAACUUUGGGAUGGCCUUUCUGACUCUCUUCCGAGUAUCCACAGGAGACAACUGGAAUGGGAUAAUGAAGGAUACACUGCGAGACUGUGACCAGGAGUCCACCUGUUACAACACUGUCAUUUCACCCAUCUACUUCGUCUCCUUCGUGCUGACAGCCCAGUUUGUCCUGGUGAACGUGGUGAUCGCCGUGCUCAUGAAGCACUUGGAGGAGAGCAACAAGGAGGCGAAGGAGGAGGCAGAGCUCGAAGCAGAACUGGAGAUGGAAAUGAAGACAAUCACCCCCGGCCAACACAGCCCCUCGGACAUCUUUGCGUGGACAGGCAGUGCUGCUGGAGAGAGACCCGGGAGCCCCCGAGGAUGUACCAAUCCCAUGCAAGUCAAGGUGGAUUCUCAGCUCUCAUUAGUUUACCCUAUGGAAAGGCACUUGUUUGAUACCAUAUCACUGCUGAUCCAGGAAUCUCUGGAAGGAGAGCUGAAGCUGAUGGACAACCUGUCAGGCUCUGUGUGCCAUCAUUAUGCCCUCCCAGCUCCCGAAUAUUACAACUCUGAGAACCAGGCUGAUCUCCGCUCCAAAGAUGACACGCUGACCCUGUCUCCCAGCAAGGACUUGCUGAGUGUGAGAAAGCCUUCGGUGGGGCGCACCCACUCUUUGCCAAAUGACAGCUACAUGUUCCAGCCGCCGUACUUCAGCCCCUGCCCUGCCUCCCUGGGCGAGAGGAAUCCGGCACAUCACAAGUCCCAGUCAGGUUCAAAGGCAUCGGUGCAGUCGCAGCCGGCAGACACCAGCUCUCUCCUGCAAAUUCCAAAAGACCAUUUUCACCAUGUAAGAGCUCAUGACCAUUUGGUGAGGGAGAGCAAACCCCAGGUUUCCCAGCAGGUGCACUCUCCUUCUGCAGAAAGGCUGCUCCGCAGACAGAUGGCUAUAAGGAACGACUCUUUGGAUAGCAAGGAGAAUCUCCACACCGAGGUGAGUGAACUCUCUGACUCAAAUAUCCCCGCUGUGCCCAAGGAGGAGUCAUCAGUGGCUCUGACGCCCUCAGAAGCACAAGAGUUGGCUGCAUGGAGCCGGGCAAGCGUUCAUACGCAGCAGCUUUCCCACAAUCAGUAUAAUAUUUCAAAGCAGGCACCAGGGUCGUGUGCUUGUGCAGACUCGUAUCAGGAGACACCUGGAGAUUCAAUGGACCAAGAAGUAUCUGAGAUAAACAGCUCCUCGGAGCCUUUCACUUCAGAAACUUGUACAGCCUCGAGUGCCUGUUCAGAUGUUCAGCCUCUCACUCCUAAGAGGAACAUAGGCAAUACUGGCAACGUUACAUUGAAGGACCUGAAGAAAUACCACAGUGUAGACACCCAGGGUCUUCUAAAAAAACCGCCCUCUUGGUUAGAUGAUCAAAGGAGACAUUCAAUAGAAAUUUGUUCAAUGGAAAACAGCCCUCAGCACCAUUCCACAUCUAGCUCUUCUGGCUUCAUAAGUCAGGUGGUAAGUGAAAUGGAAGGCUUGCAAGGAACACGGCAGAAGAAAAAACUGAGCCCUCCAUGUAUAUCUAUAGAUCCACCCGAUGGACAGAGUUUACUACCUAGAGGACCUCACAGCAUCUCACCUGCCAGUGGAGACAUUUGCUUGAGACGGCGUGCUCCAUCUUGUGAGUCCAAGGAUUCGAUGGAUAUAGGGGAUUCAUUGCUUCCAGACAGUAUGUCAACAUCUCCUACCCCAAAGAAAGACUUGUUGACACUUCCUAGCUUUUCCUUUGAUCAAACGGAAAUGGACCCUUGA